AUGUCGCGUCCUCGUCCACGCCCCCGUCCGCGCCCCACUAACCGCCAAGCCAAUCCUACUCAGUCGAGUAGCUCGUCAGCAUCUACGCAAAUCUUGGAAGCUUUAACGCAAACCACCUCCCUCAACCAGACUAAGAGCGCCCGGGAUAUUGAGCUCGACCAGGAAGACCAAUUCUUCAUUCGUAACCGUAAUCGAACAGCAAAGGAAUGGAAAAAAUUAGAAGAUAUCGACAAAGAGCGAGAAGAAUCACAGCCAACUACUCAGAACCCGGAUGAUGAUUCUCCUCCUGCUUCCCCUCGAAAGAGAUAUAGGCGCAGAAAGCUUCCAGACAGUCACAACAGUGACCUACCCGAGUGGACAAGACAGGAAAGCGCUCCUAUCAUUGUAUCCGAUGACGAUGACGACCUGGAAGUAGUCGAAGGCUUUUCGUCGAAUGCAGUCAAUGGCAAAUCUCAUGGCACAGAUCAGGCUGGCAACAAACGACUACGCAGCCGAUCUCGAUCCUUGACCCCCCCUCCACAGCUCACUGUUCAGCAGAGACAACACGCGCGAAAUGUUGUCAGACAGACGCUUAAGUCGGAACCCCGUCCUGCCUCCCCCACGCAGGGUUUCGCAGAUCAGUCUGUAGAAAUUUCGGAAAUAGACAUGGAUCCAGAACUUCUGUCGAUAACACGCGAUGUUGAGAAAAAGGCUCGUGGCAUCACUCCCGACUUCGCGGGCGGACCUAAGGCUGUCAAAAUCAAAGUCAAGUGGCGUCCUCAUCCCCUGGAUCAGGAUGGAGAGUCAGGCAGUUGGGUAUUCGACAUGAACAGGCAUGAUUCUUUCCGGACAGUAUAUGACGAUCUGGCAGACGAAGCAGGUAUACUCGUGGAUAGUCUCGUACUCAGCUACGAGGGUGGACGCGUAUUUGCGUCAGCAACUCCGCAUAGUCUCAAGAUAUGGGCAGACGCAGAAUUGGAGGCAUCUGAGAAGGUCACAUUCGAGUACAUCCGCGAGCAGCGGAUGCACAAUCGCGCGGUGCCUUCGAUACAGCCGGCCAAUAAGGACCGUUCUGCUUCAAUUAAUCCAGCUGAAGACCUUGACUCCGAUUCUGGGAUCGAGUCGAUCUCACAAGAGGUAGAGAACGAAGACGAGACAUUUAGAUUGGUUGUCCGCUCUGCAUCAACAAAGGACAUCACUCUCACUGUGCGACCCACGACAACGUGUGGUGCGAUCGUCAAGGCCUUUUUGCGACGUGCUGGUAUACCCGAUAAAGACCCUGGCAGGAAGAGUAGGAGAAAGAGCGGUGCUGGUGGCCCAAGCCUUAUGAUCGAUGGGGAGAAGAUGGGACCGGAGACACCGAUCUCAGAGGGCGACCUUGAGGACGGCGAUCAAGUGGAGGUCGUUGGCCUCUAAGCAUUGGCCGGCUAUAUUUAUGGUGUUGAAGGUUCCAUCGUGGCCUCGAAGCAUGUUGUGAUACAUCCAUCCUCCUGAUGGUUUUAAUUUUGUUUGGAUUCUGUGAUAUGGUAAGGUUCGCGAUAGGAACGAAUCGA